GAUCCACUGAACAGUAACGUGGUGGUACAUCCUAGUGGCGGCUGAAAGCAAUGGGCUGAACCCCUGCUUGGGGGUUGACUCUCACACGCAGCGCAGUUCCCCCCACACACACAGAGCCGUGCCCAACCGCGAAACACCGACACUGCCUGGCGGGGCUGCCACGAGAUAACUUCAAAGUUGGCGUCGAUUCGAUCCCGCGAGCCGAGCGCGGAGAAGACACCGGGAGAAGCUUUAAUUCUGGAGAACAAACUGUGUCGGUGGUGUUUUGGUCACCGUCUAUCCAUAAAGAAGCCACUUUUUUUUUUUAGGGGGGGAGAGAGCGCACUGAAGCGAGAGCGCAACCGGGAGCUAAAACACGGCGAGAGGAGGAGGAGGAGAAGGAGGAGGAGGAGGAGUGUGAGAGCAACUUCACCGCGAUCAGAAACACCGAGGCGACUUCUCCUGCGUGCCGGACUUUUUUCAUCACACUGACAACCCCGUGGUUACCCGAGAGGACGGAGGACCGCCGCUCUCCCGGACGACGUGCGUCAAAGUUUGGAGAGCCGCAGCCGCGCCAUUAGAAACGACAAAAGAAAAACCAAAAAACAAAACUGUAACAAUUUAUUGCCAUUGUCAGUAACUCGCCCGCGUAUCAAAUCAAACGACACCUACUUUACCCGGGAGAUGUCCAUCAAUUGAAAACUUUAAAGCCCUGAAACAUCCCAGAGACUGUAAACGUCGCUUCUUUUUGAGUCCGCUUCACAGAGGAGGUACGUGUUCAGCUUGGCAAGAAAGAAGUUACCGAGAGAGAGAAAGAGAGAGAGAGCGAGAGAGAGAAAGAGGAGUGAGCCCAGAUCUGGAGUCGGGCUGUGGAGAGAGGACGCGCUCUGAAGCCGAGAGGCAGAGGUGGGAUCGUAAAGGUCAACAUGAUGAAGAUGAGAGACAUUUGGUGAAGAAACGCGCCGGUGAAGCUUAGCACUUGCGAGUCAGUGCGCCCAGUGAAAGGAGGAGGAGGAGGAGAGGGAGGAGGAGGAGGAGGAGGGGGACAGGAGCCUGGCGUUCCCCGCUGGAGACCCCCCUGUGAACCGGGCAUAACAAGAGAUUUGGCGUGUUGUGUUGUGUUGUUGGGGGGAGGCUGGAUGGCAAAGAGAAAAGAGACGGAUAAAGUCUGAGAGUGAAGCGGCUAAUUGCUUAGUCCGUCCCUCAUUACCAUAUCCAAUGCGCGUCCGCUGGACUCCAGCCAAUCCUCCCCACCUUCACACGGUGCCAUUAAUCGCGGGGCAUUAUUCACUAUCAUAAUUAUUAUACCGACAUGCGCAAUCCGACGCACGGCAACAGCAGCGACAGCGGCAACACUGGCUAAUUUCACAUUUUUCCCCCUCCUGUCUCGCCGCCACCAGACUGUUUGCGAACUUUUUGCGCGUCGAUCCGCUCGCUCUCCGCUGAUGUAUCUGCACAACGCGGAGACAUCCCGGAGCGCACACGCAGCCGCAUCGCCCGCACCGACGCCAGCAGCAUGUCCCGACGCAAGCAAGCCAAGCCGCAGCACCUGAAGUCGGACGAGGAUCCCGCACUGGCCGGGGUGAUCUCCGAGCACGCCCGAGGUGAUGUGCUGGAAGACGCAGACAGCGGAAACGAGAGCCGCAGCGGCAGCGAGGAAACCCACGUCUGCGAGAAGUGCUGCGCCGAGUUCUUCAAGUGGUCCGACUUCUGUGAACAUUUAAAAAGCUGCACCAAGAACCCCCUGGUGCUCAUAGUGAAUGACAAUGAGGACACGCCAAACCCUCCCCAGGAGUACACCUCCGAGCCCUCCCCUGUGCCCAGCUGCCCGAGCGAGCAGGCUGACAGCGAGGACCCCCGGGAGGGCGGCCACAGUCCUGCCGGUGAGGGGGAUGACAUCCCAGAGACAGCUACCUUAAAUGGGGUCGUUGUCCUGGAAAAGGAGGACGAGCAGAUGGAGCUGGAGCUUUCUCCGGAAAAAAUUAUGGAUCCUGAAGAGAUAGAUGUGACAUCCCCUGAGCCAGACGGCUCCCUACCUCAGCUCAAUGAUGUCGUACCCUCUGCUGUUACAAGCUACGCCAUGCCAAGUACCAACGUCACCCUGGAGACCCUGCAUGGCACCCGGGUUGCCGUGGCCCAGUUUUCACAGAGUGUCAGGGCGGCGGCGGGCAGUGGGGUUUCCACCAUGGCUAUUCCCAUGAUCCUGGACCAGCUGAUGGCCCUCCAGCAGCAGCAGAUUCAUCAGCUGCAGCUAAUAGAACAGAUACGCAGUCAAGUAGCCCUCAUGAACAGACAGUCUGCCCCGCAGCCUGCGCUCAACCACCAUCACAGCACCGCUGCUGGGAGCCAGGGCCCCGGAUCCUCCUGUGUCCCCCCUGUUGCAAGUCAGCUUCAGCUGCACAACUUCAUCACUCCUCCCGUCCAUCAGCUGCCCGUUAGGCUGCCGGCCACUCUCAACGGUCAAGGCCCUUCACCUCUGACCUCAGCAAUAGAAGGCUCUCUGACUCAGACACAGCAGAGCGGCGGUCAGCAGCCCAGCGCUUCGAUUCCAAACACAUCCUCAAACAAUCCGGCGUUUCCGCCAGCAAACGCUACGGGAUUGUCGUCUCUGCUUCCCUCCUGCUCAUCCUCGGUCACAAACAACAACAUUAGCACUAGUAGUAGCGUAACAGGAGGUGGUGGCAUUAGCAGUAGCUCAGCUCUUCCAAGGAAUUCCACCUCCCCUUCCUCACUCAGUCACAGCAGCCUCCUGAGCUCUGCCUCAAGUCUACCGCUGAUACCUCACAGUUCUUCGAGCAGCGUGAUCUUCCCUAAUCCGCUGGCCAGCAUAGCAGCCACAGCCAAUGCGCUCGACCCCCUGUCUGCUCUCAUGAAGCACCGCAAGGGGAAGCCCCCGAAUGUGUCUGUGUUUGACACCAAGCCCAGCUCUGAGGACCCCUUCUUCAAGCAUAAGUGUCGGUUCUGUGCCAAGGUGUUUGGCAGUGACAGCGCCCUGCAGAUCCACCUGCGUUCCCACACUGGAGAAAGACCCUACAAAUGUAACAUAUGUGGCAAUCGAUUCUCCACCAAGGGAAAUCUGAAAGUUCACUUCCAAAGGCAUAAAGAGAAAUACCCACACAUUCAGAUGAACCCUUACCCUGUGCCAGAGUACCUGGACAAUGUGCCCACGAGCUCAGGCAUCCCCUAUGGCAUGUCGUUGCCACCAGAAAAACCUGUAACCACGUGGUUAGACAGCAAACCGGUCCUUUCCACCGUUCCCACCUCUGUCGGGCUCCAGCUGCCUCCCACACUCCCGAGUAUGAUAGGAGGUUUUGGUGAGUCUCCAAGUCUCACGCCACUCAACAGGUCUCCGCAGAGGCCAUCGCCGCCUUCAAGUGAGUGUGCAUCUUUGUCCCCAAAUAUUAUCACUGACUCUGGCAUGACCAUGACUUCUCCGUCACCGAAACCCAGCCUGGGGAGUGAUGCACCUCCUCUCUUAAAACCCGAAGGCAUUCUCUUGCCGCCAAGCUGCUCUACUCGGCCGGGAGAUAACACAACCACCACGUCUACAGUAACUCAAGUGCUUCUUUCCACUACGGUCCCCUCCACAACAUCGUCCAGCAGCGGCCAGGCCACUGAGCCCAUUGGCAGCCCCAGUUCAGCUUCUAAUUCUGUCUCUCAUCCUGUUCUUCCCAUGCUUUCAGACCAGUUUAAGGCCAAGUUUCCCUUCGGAGGCCUCCUAGACUCUAUGCAAACCUCAGAGACAUCAAAGCUACAGCAGCUUGUUGAGAAUAUUGACAAGAAGAUGACCGAUCCCAACCAGUGUGUCAUUUGUCACCGCGUUCUGAGCUGCCAGAGUGCUCUAAAGAUGCACUAUCGUAUCCACACCGGUGAGAGACCUUUCAAAUGCAAGAUAUGCGGGCGGGCGUUCACCACAAAGGGAAACCUGAAAACACACUUUGGUGUCCACAGGUCUAAACCUCCACUCCGAGUCCAGCAUUCCUGCCCCAUCUGUCAGAAGAAAUUCACCAAUGCUGUCGUGCUGCAGCAGCACAUCCGCAUGCACAUGGGCGGCCAGAUCCCCAAUACCCCCGUCCCCGAGAGCCUGCAGGAGAUGGAAACAGACCUCUCCUUUGACGAGAAGAGCCUAGAUGCGAUGAGUAAUUAUGAUGAUGACCUCCUGGAUGAAAUGGAGCAGGCUAUGGACGAUGAACCAGACAUAAAAGAAGGUGAAAUGGACCCGUGUAAGCCUUAUUCGCCUGGAAGCUCCCCACCAACUUCCAUCAUGUCCAGUAUCGCCGCGAUGGAGAACCAGAUGAAGAUGAUUGACUCCACUGCCAGCAUGACUCGCUCAUUUGGUCAGAAGCCUACUCUGAACGGCAGCAGCUUCGGAGGGGAGACUGAUUGCUUCGCCGCUGAUUCCCUAUCUGCAGUGGGGGAUGCUGAAGGUCAGAGCUUGGGGAGCCCCGCUUUGUCUGAGUCCUCCGGUUCCAUGCAGCAUUUGUCCCCGGCUCACAGCCAUUCUGAGAGCCAGCGGUCCAAGUCCCCCGCCACACUGAACAAUAACAGCAGCAGUGCCAUGACCGCAGAGGAGGGCCAGGAGAACAAUAUUGCCGGCUUGGCAACGGUGAAGUCCGAAAAAUCAGAGACCCCAUCUCCGCUUUCUGCGACCGAAGGCACCGGGGCCCUCGACCUGACUGCCACUCAACCCGGCAGACACUUUAUCAAGGAGGAAAGCCACUUCAACAUGCUGUUUCUGAGCAGAGAACGAGGGCUGAGCACUCCCAGUUUGGCCAGCACGGCAUCAAACAUGAUCAAAAUGGAGAUGAAUGGUCACGGCAAGUCAAUGUCUCUGAGUGAAAACUCUCACCUGCCGGUGGGCAUCCAGGUUCCAGCGGCAGGACCCCCAACCACCAUGAGCCCCAGCAUCAACCCCAUGUUGGCUCCCCCGCCUCCGCGACGCACCCCCAAGCAGCACAACUGCCAGUCGUGCGGGAAGAAUUUCUCCUCGGCCAGUGCCCUGCAGAUCCACGAGCGCACGCACACCGGGGAAAAGCCUUUUGCCUGCUCGAUUUGUGGAAGGGCUUUCACCACGAAGGGCAACCUGAAGGUUCACAUGGGAACCCACAUGUGGAACAAUGCUCCGGCGCGGCGGGGCCGGCGGCUAUCGGUGGAGAAUCCCAUGGCCCUGCUGGGCGGGGACGCCAUGAAGUUCAGCGAGAUGUUUCAGAAGGACCUGGCCGCCCGGGCCAUGAACGUCGACCCGGGCUUCUGGAACCAGUACGCGGCCGCCAUCACCAACGGCCUCGCCAUGAAGAACAACGAGAUCUCCGUCAUCCAGAACGGAGGCAUCACCCAGCUGCCCGUCAGCCUGGGCGGGGCGGGAAUCACCUCGCUGGGAGCCAUGCCCGGAGGAAUGGACCGUGUUCACGGCGGCGGCAGCCCCCCCAUGGGCGGCAUGGAGAAGACUGGUCUGGAGGUCCCGGGCAGCCGACCCUUCUCUAGGUUUAUGGAGGAGAACAAAGAAAUCGGGAUCAAUUAAAGAUACUUUUCCGUGUUAUUCCAAGGUAGGCAUUCGGCAAAGACAGUGAGGAAGAAACUGCUGAUCCAGUCUGAACUCAUGCGUACUAUAUUAUGUACAGAUUAAAUAUUUUUUGUUUGGUUUUGGAAAUAUAGUAUUUAGUAUUGAUUAGAAGUCUUUGCCUUUCACCCAUUCCCUCCUCACUUGAUAUUUCGCUUAUACGAAGAUACUUUGUCUCUUGUUUGAGAAUAUGUCGUCUUGCAAGAUUUGCAUGGUACUUAUGGUUUUUAUCAGUAUGUUUGACUGCUUUUUGCCAGUUCCUUUGAAAAACCACGGUCCCGCCUCGGUGACAGUGGGCAAACGUUUUAUCUGGAAAGGACUGAAACAAACAAAAAAAAAAAAAGGACAGUUUUGUUGAAGGAAGGUGGGACUUUUUGCCCUGCAGCCUUGUUUUUGGUUGCUCUUUUAAGCAUUAAAGGGCCGUGGAUAGACUGAAGAAAAGACUGAAGUAUAGUGUUUCUGUGCUCGCCUGAUCUUUUUUUUUUUUUUUUUUCUCAUGAACUAGAAAACUUGAAAAAAACGUUUGAACUAUUUUAAUCUUUACAUUUAGUCUCCCAGCAUUGUCUUAUAAUAUUGUCCUGUGUCUUUAGUAUUUAUGAUAUUGACAAAAAAAGCGGGUAUACAAAAAUAUAUUUAAUGGCCCAAGCAUUUUAUUGAUCCAUUUUUUUCUAAACUGCAGGCUUCACUGAUGAAUAUCUCUUUCAAUAAAGACAACAUGUCGUUUGAGUUGAACAACAGGAGAAAAACGGUAGGUUUUAUUUGGAUAUCUGUUGAGACUAUGUGUAUCUCGUUACAUGGUAAACAGGCUAGAGAUAUCCGAAGCUGCUAUGACCACGACCCUGCUUUUAACCUUUGUAAAAAGAGUAAAAAAAAAAAAAAGAAAGAAGUGAUCCUUUUGAAGAAAUAUCUAUGUAUA